GCAGGACGGCGCGGAGACCAUUUCCUCCAAAGCAGCAGCAGGCCUCGUCGCCACAACAUCACUCCCGAGUAUGACAGCCUGCAACGCGGACUAGCGUCACGUCCAAACACGCAAGCGGCGUUUCGGGAUUGUUGGAGAAAAAGCAACCGACGCCAAACCCGGAUGCCGCCCGCAGGAAGCACCCCAAUGGGCCGCCAUCGCUAAUUUGUCGCAGCCGCAGCGGGAUCCUUUUUCUGAGGGGCUCUGAUGGUACCAGCUGAACAUUGAGCGCUACCUGCCUGAGGACAUCUGCUCCCCACAUCCUCUCAUUAUGUCUGGGAUCCACACGCCGUGGUCGACGGGCACAGAGUGUGUCGCCAAGUAUAACUUCCAGACGGACAAUGAACAGGACCUGCCCUUCUGUAAAGGAGACGUGCUGACCAUCAUCGGAGUAACCAGGGAUCCCAACUGGUACAAAGCAAGGAACAUCGUGGGCAGAGAGGGCACCAUUCCAGCAAAUUAUGUCCAGAAGAGGGAAGGCGUCAAGUCCGGAGGGAAACUCAGUCUCAUGCCCUGGUUCCACGGGAAGAUCACGCGGGAACAGGCAGAGCGGCUCCUCUACCCUCCGGAGACGGGCCUGUUCCUCGUGAGGGAGAGCACCAACUACCCCGGCGACUACACCCUGUGCGUCAGCUGCGACGGCAAAGUGGAGCACUACCGCAUCAUCUACCAUAACGGCAAGCUCAGCAUCGACGAGGAGGAGUUCUUUGACAACCUCAUGCAGCUGGUAGAGCAUUACACCAAAGACGCCGAUGGCCUCUGCACCAGCCUCAUUAAACCCAAGCUGAUGGAGGGCACCGUGGCGGCACAGGACGAGUUCUCCAGGAGCGGCUGGGCUUUGAACAGGAAGGAGCUGAAACUCCUACAGACCAUCGGCAAAGGAGAGUUUGGAGACGUCAUGGUGGGCGACUACAGAGGGACCAAGGUGGCAGUCAAGUGUAUCAAGAACGACGCUACAGCGCAGGCUUUCAUCGCGGAGGCCUCCGUCAUGACGCAACUGAGACACAACAACUUGGUGCAGCUGCUGGGAGUCAUUGUGGAGGAGAGGGGAAGCCUCUACAUCGUCACAGAAUACAUGGCCAAGGGCAGCCUGGUGGACUACCUGCGCUCCCGAGGACGGACCGUGCUGGGCGGAGACUGUUUACUAAAGUUCUCACUUGAUGUGUGCGAGGCCAUGGAGUACCUGGAGGCCAACAACUUCGUCCACAGAGACCUGGCGGCUCGCAACGUGCUGGUGUCCGACGACAACAUCGCCAAGGUCAGCGACUUUGGCCUCACCAAGGAGGCCUCUUCCAUACAGGACACCGGCAAGCUGCCCGUCAAGUGGACCUCCCCUGAAGCUCUCAGGGAGAAGAGGUUUUCCACCAAGUCGGAUGUCUGGAGUUACGGGAUCCUACUGUGGGAGAUCUACUCCUUCGGCCGCGUGCCUUACCCUCGAAUUGCGCUGAAAGACGUGGUGCCCCGGGUGGAGAAGGGCUACAAGAUGGACGCCCCCGACGGCUGCCCGCCGGUGGUGUACGACCUGAUGAAGCAGUGCUGGACCCUGGACUCGGCGGUGCGGCCGUCCUUUCGCAUGCUGAGGGAGAAGCUGCAGCAUAUCAGAGCUAAGGAGCUCUACCUGUGAAGCGGCGGAGAGCGGGGACGGUAGGGGGGAGGGAGGGGUGCAGCCCCACGCCACAAGACAAAAGAACCAAGGGACCACAGCGACGCUUCCUCUCCAGCCUGUGGGUCUGCCUCCCUCUGCUUCCCUUUAAAGGACCCACUUCCUGUUUGUGUUGUAAAGCUUUGGCCAUGUUUCCUCCUCUGGCUUUUUCUUCCUCCUCUUCCUGCUCCACCGCCCCUCUGUUCAACACGCCAUUACCUGGAGGGGAGGCUGGCCUUUUCCUCCAUGUUUGUCAGGUGCUCGCUGACCCCUCCCUCACUGCCUGCAUGUCACCGCCAUCGCUUCCUCCCCUCUCUCCCCCCCUGCUGGGCGUGGUGUCAGGUGUGGGGUCUUCGCUCUGUGCCAAAGUGCCUCCAGGCGUCCCUCCAGCACUUGUUCUAUCGGACUCCUGUAGUCUUUUUUUGUAUGAAUCAUCCUUUUUUUAUUUGCUUUCUUCUUUUCAGGGAGGUUAUCAAACCAUUUUUUUAGUGCCGUUUCCCCCAUUUUUGUCGAUAAAGUAAUAUUUUUAUUUUUAAGGGGGGCAGUAUCAUGUUUGUCCUCCAGCCAUUGGGAGGAACCAUGAGCAGGAGGGGGGGCGAGACAUUAAUACAGGAGGAGGAGGAGGAGGAGACCCUGAACAUGGUGGAUUCAUCAUACGUGGGCUUGUUUUUUUUAUAUCAAAAUAUAUUUAAAGGAUUUAAAAAAAGAAAAAAAAAAGAAAGAAAGGACAAACCGACGGGCCGAGAAUUGACACAAAACGUGGGAUGGGGUGGAGUGGGUUUCCGCCGGGGUCUGCGUUGGGAGUGUUGAGUGGAAAACGUCACGGUUGGUGCAUGCUGUGUGAGCGAGGCCUUCGGUUCAACUGUCAGUGCUUUCAAUGUUCAUUGUUUUAUUAUGCUAUCAUGAAUAAAUCAUUCCAUCGGA